AUGGCGGCGCCCACUAAAAAGUUUCGGUGAAUGAAGAAUUAAGUUGGUUUGCUCACAGGUGGUACACUUUCUUAGAAAUGGAAGAUGAUGUGCAGUCGCUUGAUGAAAUCAGAGCAGAAAAACAAAUUGAACUUCAUCUUUGCAAAGGAAAGAUACUUGUGUGGGAUGCGGAUGAUGUGAAAUUGCUGAGGCAGACUCAUCACAUCGUGGGUUCCCUGGUUGGUUCGCUACCACGGUCACCAAGGCAGAAUGCUCAGCUGGGUCUUCCUUUACAGCUAAUGCCAGAGGAGGCUGCUGUGCUUAUUGAGUAUGCAGAUGUUGCAAAGAUGGUGAAUGUGAAAAUAAAAGAUCCGUCAGCUGACAACGUCACAUCAUUUGAAGAGGCAAGACAGAAAAGCUUCUGUGAACAGCAAACAAUGUGGGAUACAGUAAAUGCCAAAAAGAAGCAGGACUUUGCCAACAUCAUCGCUCUUGGAAGGACCACUAAGAAACAUCGACGGGCGGAGCGAGCCAAGAAGCAGAAAAGGGGAAAAGCUUCCUCUUCAGUGGAAUCAAGAGGCGAUAGCACUGUGAGAUGUGCCAGUGAUUCAUAUAAAUUACUUGAGGAAGACGGAGCAACAAGGAAGAGGAGGAAGAUUCAAGAUGAUUUCAGUGUCGUGGCAGAAGUGGAAAACCAGGAAGGGUCCUCAGCUCCUAGCUUAGCUACGUGUUAUGCUGAGCAAGCUGAAGAUGUCACCAGUGAAAAUGCAGAGAGUACUCGUAGCAGACUGGAAAGCUUCUUGAGUAACAUGGAAUCUAGUCAGUUAUCUCCAGCUGAUUGUGCAAGGACUAAUGACAGUGAUGCUGAUAAGAACAUCCGCAGAGAUGUGGAGACUGUCAAGUUGGAUGCAGUUAAAGGUGGACUGCGAGAAAUCAAGCCUUUCCUUGAGGUGGAUUCAAAUGUUGCUGAUAACAGUACUGUGGGUCAUAUUCAAAAGGAUGUACAUAUAGAUGAGGUCAAAGAAGAAGAAAAACCUAGCACUGUUACAGAUGGAUCACCAAAGGCAAGAUUGACAAUAUCACAGCAAAGCAUGGAGGAUGAUUUUUGUAGUGACUUGCUGCCAUCUGAGCAGCAAUGCGGAACAAGUGGUCCCCCGGGGGUUGUGUCCGACCCCGGCCCAAACACGGCGACAGACACAUCAGGCCCGGCACCUGCUCCGCUCUCAAGUCCUGAACAUAGACCUGAUGAUGGAGAUGUGUUCAAGAAACCGCCUGACCCUCGCCCCUGUUCUGGCUACCUUGUUCACAUCGUCACAGCCUCACCUUCCACUCCAAGGGAGGAGGUGACAGAGUGGAUGUACCCAACGUCACAGCAGGAGCUGUUGAAAUACAGAGUCUUCCGAGAUCUCUGGGAGAUGGGCUACUAUCUCACGUCAGGUUGCAAAUUCGGUGGCGACUUUCUGGUGUACCCAGGUAAACAUUGCCGAUGAAUAAAUCAGGGAGCAUUGUAAAACGCAGGAAACCUUUGCAGGGGGCACUACUUCAUACAGCAAUGUGAAGACCCAAAAUCAGUGUGAAAUAACCUUUCUCUUUUCGUCCUCACUCAAGGUGGCCCUUUGGACUUUCUUGAAACAGUAUAUAUGUGCUUUGCAAAUUGGUUGGAGACUUUAGGAAGGCUGAUUUUCCCAACAAGAAAAAUGCAUUUCUCUCCAAUAAUAAAUUUUACCCUGCGCAGAGUGAGUGGCCUCUUUUGGUGAGUCCACUGGAGCUAAUUAACGUGUAAAAAUUUUUUGUUGUACAAGUGCAACGACUAUUUACAUGUAUCUUAUCCUACCCCUGUACAUGUUGA